CAGCCACCAGUGUCAGGUAAUCUCAAUGCCAUAACAAAAAUAUUUGAAAAAUUCCGAAAUCCCUAAAAUACAAUACGAACAAGCCAAUUUUGCGCUUGUAACUGCAAUGAUCCGAAAAAGAUGAUUAGUUGGCUCAAAAGGGUUUUUUAAGUUUUAUAAAGUUGGAUUUAUGUAGUAAAAAUGGAACAGAGCAUAAGAAAAAGAAAAGUACCGUUAUCCGAUAAAAAUAAGAAAACGUCUAACAAAAGUGAUAACACGAAAUUAUCUCAAAAAAGUGAAAUGACUAAAUAUGAGGCUGAUUAUAAAGAUUCCAUGUCUGAAGCCGAUUGCAAUAAGGAAAGCAAAGAAGUUCUACUUCCAAAAACGUAAAAAUGUUCAGAAUACAUUUUGAGAUUGAUAUAUUAUCUAUUUUAUUGCUUGUAUGCAGUUUAAUUACCAGAUUGUACAAAGUGGAUGAGCCCAGGCAUAUUGUGUUCGAUGAACUGCAUUAUGGCAAAUAUGUCUCACUUUAUAUGAAGAAUACAUUCUUCUUUGAUGCACAUCCACCUUUAGGCAAACAACUGAUAGCAGCAGUUGCAUACUUCACUGGCUAUGAUGGAAAGUUUAAGUUUGAUAAGAUUGGUAGCCUAUAUCCACAAUCUGUUCCCAUUGUUGCACUACGAUUUGUACCUGCAUUUCUUGGUAGUUUGAUCAUUCCUAUAGUAUAUCACCUAAUGUUAGAGCUAGGGUUGACUCAAUCUUGUGCUUUUCUGGCAGCUUUACUUUUAUUGUUUGAUAAUGCAUUGUUAACACAAACUAGAUUUAUUUUAUUGGAGCCCAUCUUAUUAUGUUUUUCACUUCUAAGCAUUUUCUGUCUGUUAAAGUUCUUAAAUUGUAGAAAACUAUUCAGUUUUACCUGGUUCUUUUGGUUAGUUUUAGGAUCUUUUUUCCUUACAUGUGCCUUAUGUGUGAAAUAUGUUGGAUUUUAUUCAUGUUGUUUGGGAGCUGUUAUGAUCUUGACACAGUUUUGGAAAUGUUUACCAACAUCCAAAGAGUCAGACUUUAUGUUAUGUGUUAGAUUUUGUACUCAAGCUUUUGUGGGGUUGUGUGUCUUUUGUACAACUUACAUCCUUAUAUUCUAUAUUCAUCUGAGCAUAUUAUAUAAAGCUGGGCCUCAUGAUAGCAUUAUGACAAGUGCUUUUCAAGCCUCUUUAGAAGGAGGACUAGCAAGCAUCACAAAGGGACAACCUUUGGUAAUAGCGCAUGGCUCACAGAUUACUUUAAGGCAUACACAUGGCAGAACCUGCUGGUUACAUUCUCAUGCAGCAGUGUAUCCAGUGAGGUACUCAGAUGGUCGCGGUUCCAGUCACCAGCAACAGGUGACUUGUUAUUCAUUCAAAGAUGUGAAUAAUUGGUGGAUUGUCAAACGACCAGAUAGAAAUGAUCUUAGAGUGGAACAACCAGUAGAUGCUAUUAAACAUGGUGAUAUCAUACAACUUGUUCAUGGAAUAACAAGUAGAGCACUAAAUUCUCAUGAUGUUGCUGCACCAAUGUCACCACAGUGCCAAGAGGUUUCUUGCUAUAUUGACUACAAUAUCAGUAUGCCAGCCCAAAAUUUGUGGAAACUGGAUAUUCUUAACAGAGAACAGAAUGGCGAUACUUGGCAUACUAUUCAGUCUUUGGUUAGACUCAUCCACGUGGAUAGUAACACUGCAUUGAAAUUUACCGGAAAACAAUUAGCUGAUUGGGGAUUCCAUCAGCAUGAAGUAGCUGCUGAUAGAACUAUCAAUCAAGACGAUACUAUUUGGAAUGUUGAAGAACAUAGGUAUACUAAAAGCGAAGAUCAAAAGGAGAGAGAGCGUGACAUGGUGACUGCAGAAAUGAUACCAACUGCACCAACAAAACUAUCUUUUUGGCAGAAGUUUCUGGAACUGCACUACAAGAUGCUGUUCUCGAGUACAGAUGGUGUGCAAAACCACAUGUAUAGUUCAGAGCCACUUGAAUGGCCACUGAUGACGCGAGGGAUAGCUUAUUGGGUAUCGCCAAACAGUAAUGCUCAAGUGCAUCUUCUAGGAAACAUAGCAAUAUGGUAUUCAGCAACCUUAGGUUUGCUUUUGUAUGUCGCUUUGCUGAUAUUCUAUCUGUUGAGAAGGAGGAGACAGUGUUACGACAUAGAUGAAACUACUUGGAAUCAGUUUAGAGCGAUAGGUGAAAUAUUUUUAGUAGCAUACUUGCUGCAUUAUUUACCAUAUUUUUUUGUUGAAAGAACUUUAUUUUUGCAUCAUUAUCUUCCUGCAUUCGUAUUUAAAACACUAUUAUUAUGUGCUACUAUAGAACACAUGUAUUUUCUUUUAAAGAGUAAGUCUGAACUGUUAGGAAAUAUCUUUAUUAUGCUGGUUUUAACUUGGUUUGUAUAUGUGAUUCACGUUUUUAAGAAAUUUAGUGUUUUUAGUUAUGGCACAGUGGAAUUAACUGCUAGUGAUAUAGUGAAUUUAAGAUGGAGUGACACAUGGGAUUUCAUAAUUCAUAAGAAUUAGUUGCACCUGUAAAAUACUUUGUGAUGUUUUUGCAUGUAUUUAAGUGACAAGUCAGUUACAGAUAAUAGUGACAUCUGUUUUUGAAUUGUAUACUUGCCUUUUAUGUAAUCUUUGGGCACAGCAGCUAAUUUUGUUUUACGUAUUGAGAACAGUAUUUUUUAUAGAAACUUUAUAUAGGUUAUACCCAUGUAAAUAAGAAAUCACAAUUCAUUAUAUUUAUACUCAUCUAACUGUUUUUUAUAUAUUCAUGUUACAUAUCUCAAUGUUUUGUUUAACUUAUAUUUUAUAUUUUGUAUCACUAUUAGGUGACUUUUUUAAUAUUUCAUAUACGAGUAUGUGUAUAUAUUCUAUUCAGGAAUCUCAGAAUUAUAUUUUAAUAAAAAUCAUAUUUAAGAGAAUCAUAUUUAAUUCGUUAUAAAAC